ACCUAGGGUCAUUUCUUGGGGCUGUGACCUGCUUCCCUCCACUCGUUACCCACCUGUGACGGCAAACAGGAAAUCUCAAACAUUUAUCAAGCAGAUUUUCACUGGAAAAGCAGCUAUUUCUAUCACUUCUAAGAAGGCGAGAAUGGAGGAAUUUUCUGUUGAAGAGGGCUCUUUCAACUCUGAAGAGGCCAGUAACUCCGUGAAAGAGUGUAUUCAGAAUAUCAUUGGAGAAGAGAGCUACAGACAGGACACUGUGAACCAGUGGACAGCCAAGAUUGUGGAGCAAGCCCUCACCCUGCUGGUCAAACAGACUAAGUCAUACAAGUACAUUGUUAGCUGUGCUGUCAUGCAGAAGAGUGGUGCUGGUCUCCACACAGCUAACUCCUGCUACUGGGACACUGUUACUGAUGGGAGCUGCACAGUGAAAUGGGAGAACCGCACCAUGUACUGUGUGGUCAGUGUGUUUGCUGUGGCCUUAACCCCCUAGACCAGGACCAACCCUGAUACUGCUUAUAGAAGGUGCAAUGCUUCACCCAUCCUGCAGGGGAGGUAUUCAGUAAUCAGUAGCUCACUGUACAUUCUAUGCUGAAUGGGACAAGCAGCGAUACGGCUAUAGAUGUGGUAAAGGGGUCAAUGGAACUCGACCAAAACAAUGGAAAUGCGUGUAGGAAAGAUCCCGACUCUCCUAAUUGCCCUCCAGAAUAAUGUGGUUAUUUGUAUAUUUGACAAGACAUGUUCAUGUCAUCAAGAGUCACAUUUUUUUUAUGUCACAUGCACAGUGAAAUGCCUUUAUUGCAAACUCAAAACCCAACAAUACAAUAAUCAAAAACAAUGUAAUACUAGAAGAAAAACCGACUGACGACCACCACUGAUUUCUGUAUGCUAGCUAUGCUACCAGCUUAUAUGAAUGGGAGUUAGCAUUUAGCGGUCACUUCUUCUAAACCUGAAAAGGGACAAAUUCUAAAUGUUAUGCAGUGAAAACAGCCAAAUAUAUCCAAAUCGAACAUUAGUAACCACAUUGUGGGCCCGUUACAAUACAUCAAUCAUGACGGAUUUGACAAAUAUCUACUUUGUUAGAUCAGAUUUGUUGAAUGUGCGUCAAUCCUACGUCCUUCUAUCCCCACGGUCUGCGUUCCAUUGACCUAUUUACUGCAUCUAUUGAAAUGCUCUGGAUUGGCUGAAAUGCUGUCUACCCCAAAGACACUUUAUUCAUUGACUUUAAAUGCAUCCAUUGAAAUCUUCCUAUUAUGACAGCUUGGCUUCAAAGCUGCUACCUUACGAUACCAAUGUUCCAACUAUAAUGUUGGCUUUACUUAUAAUGAAUAAGUAAUUAUUUUGGUGGGUGCUUAUAUUUGUCCUGUUGUCCCACUUCGUUGAUAUAGGGUGAGGAAAAGCAGUGUUUAUUAUGUACAUUAUUUUACAUCACAGAUCAGAUGAACUUGCUUUAGGAAAUGCUAUGUAAACAGAUCACAGGAUAUUGUAUACAGACACGAUUUGAAGUUGCAAUCAUUGUUUAAACAAAUGAAGAAUAAAAUAAGUUCCAUAGAAAUAGUAAUAUGCCUGUAAUUUUGUGGGGUGGAAGGUGCCAUCAAUAGACUGUAGGACCCAUAGCUGCAUGUCAUUAAAUGUUCAAAUUAAACCUUU